GUUUUGUUUAACUCGUCACAUCCUACCACUGUCCGGGAAACUCAAGUUGGUGUGCAGCUCGUAGGGCAGCACGCUGAAAAUUUACAAAAAAACAGAUAAAACGUUAAAAAAAAUUCAUAAAACUUAAAAAAACCAAAAAAAACAUGGCUGCGACUGCACCUAGUCAGGGGAUAAUGAACUCUUCUUUGUAUGUCGGGGAUCUGCAUCCGCAGGCUACUGACACCACACUGCAAGCCAAAUUUUCGAAGAUCGGUCCGGUCCUCAGCGCUCGUAUUUGCCGAGACUUAGUUACUCGUCAAUCUUUGGGGUACGGCUAUGUCAACUUCGUGGAUCCAAAGCACGCUGAAUGUGCUCUGGAAGUGUUGAACUGUGAGCCUCUAAUGGGGCGACCGAUAAGGAUUAUGUGGUCUCAACGCGAUCCAUCUUUACGAAAGUCCGGGAAGGGGAAUAUAUUCAUUAAGAACUUGGAUAAGUCUGUCGUGCAGAAGGAGCUUUACGACACAUUCGGCUACUUCGGGAGGAUUUUGUCGUGCAAAAUCGCAAUGGAUGAAAACGGCCAAUCUAAAGGGUAUGGAUUUGUUCACUUCGAAAAAGAAGAGUGCGCUGAACGUGCUAUCGAAAAGAUCAACAACAAAAUUAUUCGUGAUCGUGUUGUUUACGUUGGCAAGUUCAUACCUAAGGUUGAGCGUAAAUCACAAGCCAGGAAGCUAAGGUUUAACAACCUGUACAUCAAGAACUUUCCUCCGGAGACUGAUGAUGAAAAAUUGAAACAGAUGUUUGCUGAGUUUGGAGAGAUCAAAAGUGCAUGUGUAAUGAAAGAUGGCGAUGGAAAAUCGAAGGGUUUUGGAUUUGUGUGUUAUCUCGACCCAGAUCAUGCUGAAAACGCCGUUAAAACUAUGCAUGGGAAGGAGAUUGAAGGGAGAGCUCUUUAUUGUGCUCGAGCUCAACGGAAAGAGGAACGCCAAGAAGAGUUGAAACAGAGACUAGAAAAACAGCGUGCUGAACGUCAAUCGAACUAUACGUCAAAAGUUAAUUUGUAUGUCAAAAACCUAGACGACAACAUUGACGACAAACGACUCGCAGAAGCAUUCAGCGCCUAUGGAACCAUCACAAGUGCUAAGGUGAUGAAAGACGCAAAUAAUAGGUCUAAAGGCUUCGGUUUUGUCUGCUUCGCCGACCCUUCUCAGACUGCAAAGGCAGUUUCGGAAAUGAAUGCAACAAUUAUUGGCUCCAAGCCUCUGUACGUUGCUUUAGCUCAAAGGAAGGAAGAUCGUAGAGCACAACUGAUAGCAGAACAUCAGCAGCGAAUGGCACAGUAUAGAAGCUCGGUUGGUCAAAUAAUGCCUGCAGUACCGGGCCACGCGACACCACACAAUUAUUUCCCAUCUGCAUUCCAACAACCACCUAGAUUCUACCAUCCAACUGGAGCAGUUCUCGGCUCCCAACCACGCUGGAAUCGACCUGGCAUACCGGCCCAAUUCGGUGCGGUUUCAAACAGGCCACCUGUUGCUGGUCACUAUAUUGGUGCACACAAUCCUGCUGCUAUCCCAACGAACAUGGCGGCAUUCACUCAACUACGAUCACCUGGUGUUAACCGUCCCAUGGUGCCAAACGGAAUGUCCACAAUGCCCACGAAUCCUCACUUGCAAAACGCAAAUGUCCUAAACCAGGCUGCAAAUCAGCAAAGACAACAAGCAUCUGGCAGACAAGGAGUAGUUAUGCAGCAAAUGCUCACUGGGACGACUGGAGGCCUGAAUCAACGGCCAACUGCAGCAUCUGUGGUUGCAGGUCCACCGUCUGCUAAUUCUGCCGUGCGUGCCCUUCUCAUGACGCUACAUGUAGCAAAUACGUGAGUUUUUAGUGUUCGUAGUGCCACAGUUUUGUCAUGAUGUUUGUUGCUGUGUCACAUGCGUCAGUAACUGGUUGACAACAGUGGUAUCCACCCUGAGAUGCCGUUGAUCGUGGUGGCUGCCUCCAUGAUCCCAUAAUUAGAACCGUUUGUUUAAGAGACCUGAACAGGAAAUUCAUUGGGAACAUCUGUUGCUGAAGGUGAGUGGUACGUUCUGAAACACAACGAACGAAACAUAUAGUCCUCUGCCUCAGUAAGUGCCAUUCAUAUACAGAUAACGGCAAUCAACAGGAACCAGCGUCAUGUCUCAAAAUCGGGGAAAUAGUGAUAAUUUUUCAGAUUUCAUUAUUGUUGAUAUGUGGGGAUGUUUAUAUACUUUUUAGUUUACGUAGAGUUGGAGUCAUCACUCGGUACUCUGGCAACAAGCUGCCAGUACAUAUCUCAUCUUUUUCAUUGUACAGGUGGCACCGCAAGUUGCAAGGCCUGUGUUGCACUCUGGUAUGUCUAACAUGCCUGGCACCGCAACAAGCGUCAGAUUCAAUCAGACAGCGCGUAACGUAUCAGCUCAGCCUGCUCUUGUCCAGGCCGGCAAUUUGUCUGCCGUUCUGACUCCACUUGGUGAUCAAGGCCAGCUAACUAUAAGCGCCCUCGCUCAGUUGCCUGAAGAAGAACAGAAGAGGACCUUAGGAGAGCAUCUUUAUCCACGCGUGAAAAUGAUGUAUCCCGAAUUGGCCAGUAAACUAACAGGAAUGCUUUUAUGCGUUGAUAACGCGGAGGUCAUCAAUCUUUUGGAGUCUGAGGAACUACUAAGAGCUAAGUGUGAGGAAGGCAUUAGCGUGCUGAGGGCCAACCAGAAUCAACAACGUGAUGCUGCUGAUGACAGACAUGCUAACCCAGGUCAGAAUGGUGAUGGCACGAUUGGCCCAGGAUCUGUUGCUCCAGUUACAAUAAAACUUGAGGACCCAAACAAUUAAAUUCGAGGUGUCGUUUCUCCGUGGAAUUCUUUAUUUACUCAUAGUCAUAUGCCAGUCUCAGUCGUUGAGAGUUGGGUAAACUGUUUUCAGUCACAUUUCAUUUUUAGUCCCUUGUUUCUCACUUUGUUCGUGUUACUGAUCAGCACAGGCUCUUGUUUGCUUAAGAAUAUUGGCACAUUCGUUUUAUAUUUAACUUAUGAACUUAUAAAUCCUUAUCCUUAUGGUGUUAACCGUUAUCUGUUUUUUACUCCCGUUUACCGAAUGUUGAAUGAUAAUAUGAAUUAUAAUAUGAAUUAUAAUAUGGAUAGUAAA